CCGGGGCCUGGGUUUGCCGCAGAGUGCCGGUGUUUUCCAGGCGGUGUUGGUGGUGCUGAGCGUGGGCUUGCUGCGGCCUGCCUGCCGUUGCUGGGAAUGGGAGCGACCCCAAGGGAGCACACGUCGUCACUCGAGGUACAAUGGGACUUCAUUCCAGAGUCCGGUGCUGGUUCCCUCUGGCUGUAGAGCUAAUAGCUCACACUUGCCACAACAUGGUGAUCAAACAUUCCCAAAGCCUUAAAAUGUGAGGGAAACCAGUAAAAAAACGCAACACAACGGGACGUGUGCAUCUUCUGUAUAGUUACUAUUGAUGUGUUGGAAGGAACUGCAGAUGCUGGUUUAAACCGAAGAUGGACACAAAAAGCUGGAGUAACUCAGCAGGACAGGCAGCACCUCUGGAGAGAAGGAAUGGGUGAUGUUUCGGGUCGAGGCCCUUCAUCAGACUGAGAAUCAGGGGAGAGGGAAACUAGACAUAUGAAACGGUACAAAGAACAAAUGAAGGAAAGGGAUGCAAAAGGAAAAUGCAGACAAAGGCAUUUGUGCUUUCCAUUGGCCCUCUCCCUCAGUGCUAUUUUCAAUUCUUUCCCUUGCUCCCCUUAAUAUCCAGAACUCCAUUGAUCUCUGAAUGAUCUCAAUGUUUUAGCUUCCAGGGACCUCCAGGAAAGAUAUGCAACAGUUUCCGCCUCUGGUUGAAGGAAUUUAACCUUGUCUCAGUCCUAGAUGCUUUGUUCUGCACUCCGAGACUGUAUAAUCUAUGUUUAUUUUCCAGCGAGACUUUCCGAGAAUGAGAGCAAUUUUAAGUCAGUUUUCUGUUUACGUUUUCCUUAUAUGGUACAGUUAGACACUGAGGCAGAUAACUCUGCCAGUCUUUUCCUGGCAUAACAACGUUAAACAGUAUAAGGUGGCCCUAAAACAUUCCAGAACUUGCAUUUCGUGAACGGAAUCUUUCUGAAGCCUUGUUGAGUUUAAAUCUUUUCAUAAAAUUAUAAAAAUAGAACACUGACACGUCAAACUUUAACUUUCCUUGUGCAAGCGGUAAGGAAUUUGACUAACAAGUCUAUGAUAAGGUUAUAGCACUGGUAUUUCUUGUAUAAAUGGGUAGGAUUAUCCUUCAGAAUCAUUGACCUUUUAAUUUAAUUGCUGUUUGUAACAUGAAUUCCUUAGUUUGACCUUACAAGCAGCACUUUAGUUUAUUUUGUGUUUUUUUAUAUCCUCUAUGAUUACAGUUCUGCAGAAUCUUAGCAUUCAAGAGUCAUGUUGUCAUAGAGUCAUACAGCAUGAAAACAGGCCCGUUGACCCAACUUGCCCACACCAACCAACAUGCCCCAUCUAUAGAAGUCUUGCCUGCCUGUGUUUCGCCCUUCUCCCUCUAAACCUAUCCUAUCCAUGUACUUGUCUAAAUGUUUCUUAAGCAUUGUGGUAGCACUUGCCUCAACUUGUGCCUCCGGCAGCUCGUUCCAUAUGCCCACCGUCCUUUGUGUGAAAUUGUUUGAAUAAGAUUGUUAAGGGUUUGGACACACUAGAGGCAGGAAACAUGUUCCCGAUGUUGGGGGAGUUCAGAACCAGGGGCCACAGUUUAAGAAUAAGGGGUAAGCCAUUUAGAAUGGAGACGAGGAAACACUUUUUCCCCACAGAGAGUUGUGAGUCAGUGGAAUUCUGUGCCUCAGAGGGCGGAGGUGGCCGGUUCUCUGGAUACUUUCAAGAGAGAGCUAGAUAGGGCUCUUAAAGAUAGCGGAGUCAAGGGAUAUCGGGAGAAGGCAGGAACGGGGUACUGAUUGGGGAUGAUCAGCCAUGAUCACAUUGAAGGGUGGUGCUGGCUCAAAGGGCCGAAUGGCCUACUCCCGCACCUAUUGUCUGUUGACUAUAAAAAAGAUGCCCCUCAGGUUCCUUUUAAAUGUUUCCCCUCAACCCUUAAACCUAUAUCCUCUGGUCCUUGACUCCCCUACUCUGGGUAAAAAACUUGAUGCAUUCAUCCUAUCCAUUCCCCUCAUGAUCUCAUACACCUCUAUAAGAUCACCCCUUGUCCUCCUGCGCUCCAAGAAAUAAAGUCCUAGUCUGUUCAACCUCUCCCUCAAGUCCUGGCAACAUCCUCGUAAAUCUUCUCUGCACUCUUUUCAGCUUAACAUAAUCUUUCCUCUAGCAGGGUGAACAAACGUGGCCUCAUCAACUCUCAAGUGUAAAUAUUUUCUGCACCUUUUCCAGCUUAAAUCAAGUCAAGAGUGUUUUAAUGUCACAUGUCCAGAAAUGGGACAAUAAAAUUCUUACUUGCAUCAGCAGCAGCACCACGGGUAAGUUUCAGUGACCAAUGCCAAUGUGUACAAUUUAUCCGAAACAGAAGCAAGUGCAGGCCCUGGGACACAGGGCGACAUGGGCCUGAUCCACGUGUUGGAGGACAAUGUUUUCAAGCUGGCUGCUCUGCAAGGUUAGAUCGCACGGGGUCUAUCAGGACACAGAAUUAACUUGAUGCUGAAAAGCAGACAGAGGUGCUAGGCAGUUGUCUUUCCGACCGGAGACCUGUGACUAGUGAUAUCCGUCAGAGAUGGGCCCAUUGCUGGGGUAGAGGUAAAACAGACAGUAAUAACUUUUAAUAGAUACUUGGACUGGUACAUGGAUAGGGAAGGUUUAGAGGGAUAUGUGCCAAACACGGGUCAAUGGGAACAGACUAGAUGGGGCAUCUUGGUCGGCAUAGAUGAUUUGUGUGAAGGGACUGUUCCUGUGCUGUACUGUCUAUGUUCUGGGUUCAAUUUUACUUUAGAGACACAGUGAGGAAAGGCCCUUUGGCUCACCGUCCGCAGCGACCCGCAUAUUAACACUACCCUCUACACACUAGGGACAUUGUUUUUUAAAUUUAUACCAAGCCAAAUAACCUACAAACCUACAAUUUAUAGAAGCCAAUUGACCUGCAAAUCUGAACAUCUUUGGAAUGUGGGAAGAAACCGGAGGACCUGGAGAAAACCCACACGGUCACCAGGAGAAUGUACAAACUCUAUACAGACAGUACCCACACUCAGGAUCAAACCUGGGUCUCUGGCGCUGUAAGGUAGCAACUCUACCGGCUUUGCCACUGUGCUAAGACUGACAUUUUUACACAUGAAAUUUGACUUUCAGGAACUCCAUGUGCUGCCAGGGGUAGCGGUGGAGGCAGAUACACUAGUGGCAUUGAAGGGGCUUUUAAAUAUGCGGAUGGAUAUGCAGGGAAUGAUAUGGAUCACGUGCAGGGAGAGGAGAUUAACUUGGCAUCGUGUUCAGCAUGGACAGUGUGGGCCGAAGGGCCUGCGCUGUACUAUUCUAUGAUUCGAUGCUUCUAGGUUUAUGAAGACGUGUCAACGUCCUUUACUCUAAUGCCACCAUUACAUUGAUGUCGAAUGGCACAGUUUCCUAGUUAUUAGGAGUUCUGUAGGUCUGAAGGGACAAGAGAUAAUAUCACAGGUGUAAGGACAAGGCACUGGUAAAAGAGGCACUUCACCCUCACAGCUUGCCUAUGCACAGGGCAGGAGGAAGUCGUUUAAAUGUCAGUCCCAGCCUCCACUGCCAAAAACACUGGGAUUUGAAUCUUUGCCAAAUGUAAUGAGAAAGAACUAUAAUUGCAUGAGAUUAAUUAGGUUCAUUUCUAUAUAUCCAGCGUUUUGAUUUAAUUGUAUUUUGGCUGCUAUUCUUUAAUAGUAAAGCUUGCUGCAAAUUUCAAAUAAAAAGUCCAUCCCUUGACUAAAUGUCAGCGUGACACACUAUUAAUUACAAUUACACAUCCACCUAAUAGAGAUUUUUGGAGUGUGCGUGCAUAUAUCGACCCCGGGGGUAAAAGAGAAGUUCCCAUUAAAUCAAACUUUGGCUGUUUAAAACAUUUUUGAUCGAAGUCGAUUUUAUUCCCACUGCCCAAAUGUAGCCUGUUUGACCGUGCUGCGAUAUUUCCUACUUGUUCUACAGCCCUUUACAAGUUUUGUUUUUAUACAGCGUUAAUUGCUCCCAUUUAUUGCCGCCAGCUCUUGCGGUUUUUUAGAGGUUUUUUGCGAGUCUUAAGUUUUGCUGUACUUCUUCCCAUUGCCUUUCAAGGCUAAAUCAGCCGAACUAAAUUUGGUAAUGCAAGUGCUUAGGAUUUCGAGGAAUGUCUUCAACUUGCCACGGGGGCCGAUAGGCUGUCAGGUCGCUCUCUCUCGCUGCUAACUGGCGGUUUAUGCAAUCAGUCUUCAAGACGGCACUUGGAGCAAACUCACUGGUGCAAACGCACAUCAAUUAUUCGUUGCAUGUCGUGUUCGGUUGCUAAAUCAUAUAAGGAUUCACUACAGUCUUGCUUGGCACACCAUCAUCAUCUGCUGGCUGGGAGCAAUUUAGAGGAAGAUAGACACAACAAGCUGGGGGGGUAACCCAGCAUCUGCAGUCCCCCCCCCCUACACUGUUAAAAGGAGCUCGUUUUAUUUAUUCCAACUAUCGAAGAUUAUCAAAUAAUUCUUGCAAAGGCAAGAGACUAUCUCCAACCUUUCCACGGAUGUAGCCGGAUUUCAUCGCUACGACAAAGCAGUCGUUCACUCCGUGUUUCUGGACUGUACAGCUGCAGUUUGGGCUUCUUUUAAAAAAAAACUUUGCACCACCACAACACAGAACUAACAAACAAAAUGUCACGGUUUAGAAAGCAAGAUUACAAAAGGCAGGUGAGCGAGGAUCCAGAUAUUGAUAAUCUGUUGGCAAAUCUUUCUCCAGAGGAAAUGCAAGAGCUGCAGGUAGAAUUGGAGGUGAUGGAUCCUAAUUCCAGUGUCGCUAUCGGACUGAGGCAGAGGAAUCAGACGGACAAGCAGUCCACGGGAACGUAUGACCGAGAGGCAAUGCUUACCUACUGUGAGAAAUCCACCAAGAAACUGAUAGAGAGAGAGCAGUCUAUUGACGAAGGGAAAAGCCCCGAUGAUUCAUGCCAACAAGCCAAAGCGGAACAACCUGAAACUAAAGCAGUAAAAAAACUGGGCAAUGGUAGCACGAAACAAGGCGAGGAAAUGGCUAAAACACGGGGAGAGAGCGAGAGGAAAGACAAGGAAAGUGGAAAGUCUGAAAGCACAAGUCACAUAGUUAAAAAUACCAAGGAGAGAGAAACUGGUGACAAGGCGAAGAGCAAAGAAGCAAAGAACGAGGAGCAGAAAAGAGAGGCGAUAGGAAAAGGCAAUGAGGAGAAUAAGAGCAAAGAGAUCAAAGAUAAAGGAGGAAAGCUCACCAAAGUGAGUGAAAAACCGAAGGAAAUUGCCAAUGAGGGAAAGAACAGCAACAUUAAAAGCGAGACCAAAGACUGUAAGGAGAAUGAAGUUUGCCCGAGUAAUCCAGUGACCAACUGUUCCACAGAUUUGACCAGAACAGGGAACCAGGAGGAGAAAAAAACAGCUAAAGUGCCCGAAGCACCGGCUACGGCUCCAACCAUUUACGACGACUCGAUAGAGAAAGUUAAGAACAAUGAUCCUGCGGUAACCGAAGUAAACUUAAAUAAUGCAGAGAGAAUGACCAAUGAGAUCCUAAUACGAUUUGCUGAUGCUCUGAAAGAAAACACUGUGGUGAAAACCUUCAGCUUUGCCAACACUCACGCGGAUGAUCAUGUUGCAUUUGGCGUUGCUGGUGUGUUGAGGGUCAAUACAAGUAUAACCAACCUGAAUCUGGAAUCGAACUACAUCACCGGCAAAGGUGUCCUCGCCAUAAUGAGAGCUCUGCAGCAAAAUAACGUCCUGACAGAGUUCCGAUUCCACAACCAGCGACACAUCUUUGGGGGACGGGUCGAGAUGGAUAUCGCCAAACUCCUGAAGGAAAAUACCACACUCCUUAAGAUGGGCUACCACUUUGAGCUGGCAGGACCGCGAAUGACUGUCACAAACCUACUGAGUCGAAACAUGGAUAAACAGAGGCAGAGACGCUUGCAAGAGCAAAGGCAGGGGCAAACGGGGGACAAGAAGCAAGGUCUGGAAGUCCCAAAGGCAAUCGGCGUGCAGAAAUCGCCAAAACCCUCUCCACAAUCUUCUCCAAAAAGUUCACCCUGGUCAUCCCCGAAACCAAGUCCAAAGAAGGCGGCAGCUCACACAGCUCCCCCUCCACCCCCACCGCCCCCACCGCCUCCUCCCCCGGGACUGCCCGCCAACGCUAACCCGGUGACACAGAACCACGCGUUAUCAAACAAGAGGACUGUGGCAGGAAAUGGCCAGGGCACCAAGCUCAGAAAUUCCCUGACGCCCGUCUCGGAAAGAAAGUUGGAAAGUCGACCACCUGCUCGAGAGAGGAAUUCACGAGACCAGCUUCUGGCUUCAAUCCGACAGAGCAACUUGAAAAGCUUAAAGAAGGUUGAACUUCCAAAGUUGCUGCAGUAAGAAGAGGUACCAUUGCCUGAAGAUGAAGUUGCCCCAACCUUCCAAGACUCAGAAUUCUUGAAUAACUGAUGUUUCAACAUUAAUGUAAUUCUGAUGAUUUGAAGGACUUUUGCCGAUGUAUCACAGUUUGCCAUCUUGUGACAAAUGCUUUCUCAGAACACCUUCAAGCAAAUAUUGCUCAAUCUCUUAUUUCCAACAUCCUACAAAUUUUUAUUACUGUACAUUUCUGGCAAUUCUUCUUUUCUAUUGGGCUAGAUUCUUUGAUAUCAGCUUAUUUUUAACGAUUAGAUAGAUCAAUAAAUCCUCAUCUCUGUUCUUUACAGUAUAUGUAUUUUACCACUGCUUUGAAUUCAUAUUUCUUGUAAAAUGCUUACCUUGACUUCAUUUAUAAGCAGAUAUCCUUUUUGUGAUUCCGUUUCAUCACACUAAUUGUAAGUGAGGGUUUUAAGCUCCCUCCUUGCAUAGAAUAAGGAAUUACUGAGCAUUUUACUCACUUCCUUCCCCCAGGUCUAUCAUGCAUCUUGAGCAAAACACAAAGUGCUGGAGGAACUCAGCUGGUCAGGCAGUAGCAGUGGAGGGUAUGGACAGGCGAUAUUUCGUGCCCUCAGUCUUUUUUGGAGUAGGGAAGUUGGAAAAGAGGUGUGGAGGCAGGACAAAGCCUGGCAAGUGAUAGGUGGAAACAAAGAACUGCAGAUGCUGGUUUAUACCAAAGAUAGACGCAAAGUGCUGGAAUAACUCAGUGGGUCAGGCAGUAUCUCUGGAGAAAAAGGAUGGGUGAUGUUUUGGGUCGGGACCCUUCUUCAGUCUGAUGAAGGGUACCAAUCCAAAACAUCGCCCAUACAUUUUCUCCAGAGAUGCUGCCUGACCCACUGAGUUACGCCAGCAUUUUGUAUACAUGUGAUAGGUGGAUACUGAUGAGGGGAUGGGGGUUGAUUGGCAGAUGGUUGGAAUAUGAGAUAAAGGUUAGAGGUGAAAAGGAGACAAAAGGAUGUCAGAUAAGGAGAGAAGAGGUGUGGAAGAGUCAGAGGGGGAGAGGAAAAGAGGGGGAUUUCAGGGAACUGGGGGACUGUGGGAUGGGAGAUGAGUGUAUAUGUUCAUCUUCCAUCAUCCCCACCCAGUCUGCAAAGUAAAUGUACUUGGCUAAUGCCUGAUCUUUCAAAUUGUGCCGUGAAAUCUUCAAACAGGCGCUCUACAAUCAAAGGUAAGAAUAACAAAUGAUUGUUAAAGAGUUUUAAUGUCGAUGUUAGAAAUGGGUGCUGUAGGAUUAUACACCCAUCCUAGGCGCUUUGCAGACCCAAACUAAAUAGUCAUCAGUCAGGGCUUUAUUUAUGGGUCUGACGUUAGGAAAUGCAAUGGCUUAGGGAGACUUUACUUUAUAAACAAAACUUACACAAGCUGGGGGGUGGUGGCACAGUAACGCAGCUGGUAGAGCUGCUACUUCACAGCGCCAGAGAUUCGGGUUCGAUCAUGAACUCGGGUACUGUUUGUGUGGAGUUUGAACAUUCUCCUUGUGACCAAAUGGGUUUCCUCCCGCAGCCCAAAGACGUGUGAGUUUGUGGAUUAACUGACCUCUGUAAAUUUGCCCCUAGUGUGCAGGGAGUGGAUGGGAAAGUAGGAUAACAUAAAACUAGUGUGAACGGGUGAUCGACAGUCAGCAUGGACUCGGUGGGCCAAAGGUUCUGUCUCCAUGCUGUAUCUCUAAACUAAACUAAACUAACAAGGUCAUCCAUCCAGCAUAGAACACUAAGGAAUUUUGAUAAGAUCUAGACCAGGACCAUCUCUCGUAGGGUUCCAGAGGAAUGUCCAAGGAGUUCAUAAGUUCGCAAGACAUAGUAGCAGAAUUAAGCUAUUCGGCCCAUUAGGCUGACUCUGCUGUUCAAUGAUGACUGAUCUUCCUUUCUCAUUCAGCCCCAUUCUCCUGGCUUCUCCCCAUCCCAUCAGGACUACGGAUCAUCAAUGGGGAGAGGUUUGGCUUCUAGGAAUUGGUGGUGGUGUGGGGCAGGGGGAAGGGUUGGUGGUGGGAUAGAGGUGGGUGCCGCAUAGAACAAACAUCGUCAAUCAAAGGGCAAGUCGGGUCGGCGGGGCUGCAAUCUGGGCUAAGUUCACUAGUUAAGUGAAGUGCUAGAAACAUGAAAGUGACGGGCACAAAGUGCUGGAGUAACUCAACCAGCAUCUAUGGUGAACAGGGACAGGUGCCCUUUCGGGUCAGGGCCUUUCUCCAGACUCAAUCAGCUAUUUUGGGUAUGAGAUAGGGAUUGUGAAUCUGGCAUAUGAAACAUCAGACCUACGUAAGGUUUCACAGAAUAGUUAUCUUUAAAAUUAGUUUUUAUACAACUUCAAGUUCUUAAAGAGCAAUAAACAUUUGCAGCACAAUUAAAAUCUCACACUGUGUAAUGAAUCCAUAACAUUUUACGUUUAUUUUAUAGCAUGAAUCUUUGCAAAUUCCUAACCAGUUGCUGGGAAGGGGAUUAGUAUAAAUGAGAUCACAAGGAACUGGAGAGGCUGGUUUACAAAAAUAAAAAGACACAAAGUGCUGGAGUAACUCAGCGGGUCAGGCAGCAUUUGUGGAGAACAUGUAUGGGCGAUGCUUCUGAUCGGGACCCUUCAAGGGAUGUAGUCAAUGGUUGUGGGGGGUUUCCAAUGGCUGGGUGGGAUUGGGUUGAGUUGGGGUUGGUGUUGAGUAUGAGGUAUGAGAAUGAUCCCAGGAAUGAUUGGGUUAACAUAUGAUGAGUGUUUGACGCACUGAGCCUGUACUCACUGGAGUUUAGAAGGAUGAGGUGGGGCUUCAUUGAAACUUAUCGAACAGUGAAAGGCCUGGAUAGAGUGGAUGUGGAGAGGGUGUUUCCACUAGUGGGAGAGUCUGAGACCAGAGGCCAUAUCCUCAGAAGAAAAGGACUUCUUACCUUUAGAAAGGAGAUGAGGAGGAAUUUCUUUAGUUGGACGGUGGUGAAUCUGUGGAAUUCAUUGCCACGGACAUUGUGGAGGCCAAGUCAAUGGAUAGUUCUAAGGUGGAGAUUGACAGAUUCUUGAUUAGUAAGGGUGUUGGGCAUGGGGAGAAUGCUGGAGAAUGGGGUUGAGAGAGAAAGAUAGAUCAGCCAUGAUUGAAUGGCGUAGUAGACAUGAUGGGUCACCAUUUGAUGCCCUAAUUCUGCUAAAAUGUAUGGACUUGUGAACUUAAGAAGGUAGGAUCAAGAGAUGGAGGGGAUUAGGUUGGGAGACCAAUGAGUGAAGAGUUUGGGGCAACGUUGUGAGCUUGGAGAUUUGGGAGGUCACUUCCUUAUGCAGGAGGUCAAGACUAUAUUAGUUAAAGAGAACCUGCACCUCUUUUGUGUAACUCUUUAAGUUGCACAGAAGCAGGCGUUACAGGUAUCCUGAAAGACUGCUUCUGGAUGAUUGCCUUGCAGAUGAUGUGUCCACUCAGGUAGUCGAGGUACUCUCUGGAUCUCCAAUGGGGCAGCACUGUGGUGCAAUGGUAGCGUUGCUGCCCAACAGCGCCAGAGACCCGGGUUCAAUCCUGACUAUGGGAGCGUCUGUACGGAGUUUGUAUGUUCUCCCCGUGAUCGUGUGGGUUUUUUCUGGGUGCUCCGGUGUAUACGGGGAUCAUUGGUUGGCGUGGAGUCGAUGGGCCGAAGGGCCUGUUAACGUGCGGUAUCUCUAAAGUCUAAAGUAAAGUCAAUGGACACCACAGUCUAUGACUGGGGUCCUAUGUGUAUCAAGCAUGGAAGACCCCAAAGAAAAAUUGUGGUCUUUGCAAUCGCAGUUUCAUUUGUCAUAGAAAUUCGAUCGCUUGGCACAAUAAAAAGUGUCACCACUUGGUACACUUUCUCGGCAACAUAGUUUGUUUGCAAUGACUAUUUUUAGUUUAAAAAAUAAGAGCGACGUCUUAAUCCUUAAGAAAUGUAAAUAUUUGUCUUUGUUAGUUUUCUGUGUGAUAGUUUAAUAUGUAAUAUGUGAACAUUUGUAAGUGUAUGCUUAAUGCAAACAUACUACCAAGGGAUACACAGGCGACAUGCAAACCAUGUAAUGUCCAUUCCAUUAUCAUUGUAUGCACUUCACCAAGAGUAUAAUAAACUGCACAUUGCAAAGGCCGCCAGUUCUUCUGAUUAAACGCAUCAUUUUUUCCUAAAAACUAUUAAUUGUCUUGUUUCACUGCCUCUCUUAUUGGUUGGCUCUGGACAUCCUUCACUUAUGACCUAUUGGCUGGAUUAUUUGUGGUAAUGCUGAGGCUUUAUAAGGCACUGGUCAGACCGCAUUUGGAGAAUUGUGAGCAGUUGUGGGCCCCAUAUCUGAAGAAGGAUGUGGUGGCGUCUUAGAGGGUUCAGAGGAGGUUUACAAGAAUGAUCCCAGGAAUGAGUGAAUUAACAUAUGAUGAGUGUUUGACGGCACUGGGCCUAUACCCGCUGAUGUUUGGGAGGAUGAGGGGGUACCUCAUUGAAAUGUACCGAAUUGUGAAAGGCCAGGAUAAAAUGGAUGUGGAUAGGAUGUUUCCACUAGUGGGAAAGUCUAGGACCAGAGGCUCCCCCAACUGCACACAUGCGGUUGACAAGCUCGGCAAGUGGGAGCGCAGUGCCUUUCACGGUAUAAAGUAAAUUAAAGUUUUCAAGGGAAAUACUUUGUAAAAUCGAAUGAAACUUGCUACUGCACACCCCAGGCGAAUGGUGACUAAGGCGCCCCUAAAUUUGUUGAGCUAUCGUGUACCGUUUUGGCUGUAUUUCGGGAACAUACAUACAUACAUACAUACAUACAUACAUACAAGAUGAGACUUUUAGUUACGUAUAGAUGUAUCAAAAAUGUAAAGCAGUUGCCUGAACCAGUUACAGCACUGCUAAUAUUUUGACACAUAGAACAUAGAACAUCAUAAGAACAGGCCCUUCAGCCCACAAUGUCUGUGCUGAACAUGAUGUGAAGACCAACACUUAUUUACCUGCACAUAAUGUAUAUCCCUCAAUUUCUUGAAUGCUAUCCAAAAGUCUUUAAAAUGCACUAACAUAUACAGCAUU